AUGGCAGACCAGCGAAGUUACUCUGCAUCAAGUGAAAGCAUCUUCUGCAACAAUGGCGGGCUCCAGACUCCUAGCUUAAGCCCACCAAACUUCCGCUACCUAUCUCCCGCGGCGCUAGAUGUACGCCCUGUAUCGAGACAACACCUCGUGCCCUCAAUUACCUCCAGGAGCAGGAUAAGUAAUCAGUCGCUUGUACCACCAGGUUCACGACAGUCAUCGCCGCCGUCGGCGCCCGAAGAUGAAGAGACGGUCUGCAUCAAGCUCUUGGCCCACCUCAAGAAGUACUCGUCGUCAUCGAGACAGACUCGCCAAUUCCAGUUGGACCUACUUUCGAAGUCGAACGCAUCGGUUCGACGCAUUCUCCGCUCCCAGAGCGUCCGAAGGGACUACACCUGCCAGCUGCUCCUCUCCAGCAUCAUGACGCACUUGACAACUCUAUGCGAGUAUCUGUGUAGCACAGGGCUCGAAGAAGGCAUGGGAGAUGGCCAAUCAUCGCCCCGGCCAGAUAGCACACGAGAAUCCUUCGACAUGCGGACCGGACUUGUACAGCAGCAAACUUCAAGCGAGACAUCACGGCCGCUGGUGCUUGAGGCCGCGUCACUUGCAACCGAAUUAGGGAAUCUCCUGAAGCGGAAACCCCUCGAUGGCUUUCAGGUGCAAGGGAGGCAAGAGGCGUGGAUUGUUGAGCUGGAACUGAGGCUACGGACAGCUCUCACGACACUGUGA